CUCAGUUCGUAUUGCAAACAUAACCUCUCGGAUAUUUAUGUACCGUUCCGAUCUGACAUUCCUAGAAAUUGAUGCAUUUAUAAAGUGGACAAAUUGCCAAAAACUUGUUCUACUACUUGAGUAUGUAUUCCAAUGAAGAUUGCCAUCUGAAAAUGGUGAAAAUGAGUAAAUAGGAAUGAAACGCAAAUUAACAUUAAAAAUAAUGGGUACAGCAGAUCAAAAAAAAUAUUGGGCAACAGGAUUGGUUGCUUCAAUGGAUGAUCCUGAGAUGAAAGUAAUGGAAGAUGAUCAAGUAAUUGUCAUCAAAGACAAAUAUCCAAAAGCCAAAUUCCAUUACUUAGUUCUACCAAAAGCAGACAUUGCUUCAAUAUGGCAUGUGAAAAAGGAAAAUGAAGAUUUGUUGUUACAUAUGCAGAAUGUUGCAGAUGAAUUAACCAAAUCACACAAGGACUCUGAAUUCAUCAUUGGAUAUCAUGCUGUACCAACCAUGCACAGAUUACAUUUACAUGUGGUCAGUACAGAUUUUAACAGCCCUUGUCUAAAAACCAAAUACCAUUGGAAUUCAUUUACAACUCCUUUCUUCUUACAAUCAUCAGAAAUAUGCAACCAGCUGCGCGAAAAAGGUGAACUGGAAAAGUUGAAAUCCGAAGAAAGUUCGCUAUACUUGCAUACCCCGCUAAAAUGUCACAAAUGUUCUACCGCGCCAAAAAAUAUGCCGGAUUUGAAGAAACAUUUAUUGAUACAUUUGUCGGAUUGAAGAAAUACGUUCGAUUAAUACAAAGGUGAUGGUUUGCCGCCGG